UCGCCAGGAAGAGUCCAUAGGCGUCCAAUCAGGUUGCAGCAGUCGUGGUAUGUGGGUGUGAUUGAGGGAGUGGCGGGAGGCAGCGGGAGCUCGAGUCUGACAGGGAACCGAGAGAAACCGGACACGGGAGGGAGCCGCCGGGACAGGAGGUUCUGACAGCCAAUCCUAGGAAGAGCAGCGCAAUUAACCCAUUCCGGCCCUCUUGCUCCAUAUAAUCAUGUCGGGCACAUACGAUGAUUCCGUGGGGGUCGAAGUCUCCAGCGACAGCUUUUGGGAGGUGGGAAACUACAAGCGCACGGUGAAACGGAUCGACGACGGGCACAGGCUCUGCAAUGACCUGAUGAACUGUAUUCACGAGCGGGCGCGGAUCGAGAAAGUCUAUGCCCAGCAGCUCACAGAGUGGGCAAAGAGGUGGAAGCAACUGGUGGAGAGGGGUCCUCAGUAUGGAACAGUGGAGAAGGCGUGGCACAACUUAAUGACAGAGGCCGAAAAAGUGAGCGAACUGCAUCACGAGGUGAAAAAUGCAUUGAUGAACGAAGACUUUGAGAAGAUCAAGAAUUGGCAGAAAGAAGCCUUUCACAAGCAAAUGAUCGGAGGCUUUAAGGAGACCAAAGAAGCAGAGGAUGGCUUCAGAAAAGCCCAAAAGCCUUGGGCAAAAAAGCUAAAGGAGGUUGAAGCUGCCAAGAAGACCUAUCACACUGCCUGCAAGGAGGAGAAACUGGCAACCUCUCGGGAAGCCAACAGCAAAGCCGAUCCGGCCAUGAACCCGGAACAGCUGAAGAAGCUUCAGGACAAGGUGGAAAAGAGCAAGCAGGACUCGCAAAAGACCAAAGAGAAGUACGAAAAAGCCCUGAAGGACCUGGAUGGCACUACACCGCAGUACAUGGAGAAUAUGGAGCAGGUAUUUGAGCAGUGCCAACAGUUUGAGGAUAAACGCCUGAGCUUCUUCCGGGAGGUGCUGCUUGAGGUGGAGAAGCACCUUGAUCUGUCCAACGUAGACAGCUAUGCCAAUAUCUACCGAGAGCUGGAGUACUCCAUCAAGUCAGCCGAUGCUGUUGAGGAUCUCAAAUGGUUCAGAAACAACCACGGUCCAGGGAUGUCUAUGAACUGGCCCCAAUUUGAGGAUGAAGAGUGGUCUGCUGAUCUGAACCGCACCCUGAGCCGGAGAGAGAAGAAGAAGCCCACCGACGGUGUGACCCUGACUGGAAUCAGCCAAUCGGGCGAGCAAUCUUCCAUACAGAACAAGCACAGCAGCCACCUUAGCGUCCAGUCAGUGCAAUCGAGUAACAAUCCCUUUGAAGACGAGGAAGAGACUGGCAGUAUCAAUGAGACGGAGAACAAAAAAAUCGAAAAUGUCAGCAGCUACGAGAAAACCUACCCCACCGAGUGGUCCGACGAUGAAUCCAACAAUCCGUUCACCGCCAACGAUUCCAACGGCGAUAGCAACCCAUUCGAGGAAGAUGCGCCUGCGGGCACCACGGAGGUGCGAGUGAGAGCCCUGUAUGACUAUGAGGGACAGGAACUGGACGAGCUGAGCUUUAAAGCAGGGGAGGAGCUGACGAAAAUAGAAGACGAGGAUGAACAGGGUUGGUGCAAAGGGCGCCUGGACGGGGGCCAAGUGGGCUUAUACCCAGCUAACUACGUGGAGGGCGCCCAGUGACCUGGAGUACUCUGUGUAACCUGUAAUCUAUUCACUGGGAAGAGACGUACAAUACAAGAUAUGUCUGUCUGUGUGUAUAUAUAUAUAUAUAUAUAAUAUUGUAAGGAAAUGAGGCUGGCACUAGGACUCCAUUAGCAACAUUCACUAGUGCCCCUCCUUUAUUAUGUGUAACCCUUGCAGAGCCAAUAUGUCUGUAUAACACUGGUGUCCUUUAUUGUUUGAUCAGGGUUAAUAGCUGUGCAAGGGGCACACGCAGCCUCCACACGUUCCUCUUGCAAUUUAGUUUUGUUAUAUAUAUAUAUAUAUUCUCUAGAUCUUUUUUUAUUUGAUAUUUUUCCCUUACCGUCAGGGGUCAGCCCCUCCCACCGACUCCCUUUAUCCACGGAACCGAUUUCUUUUAAGUGACCUUCCAUCAGGUGAAUAUAUAUAUAUUUUUUUAAGAGUUGCCGUUACAUGUUCUCUGGUUGUUUUUUCCUCUUUUUGUUUAGUUUUUUAGGAGAUUUAUCUCUUAUUUAAAGGUAAAGCGCAGAGGAUUUUUUUUUUGACUCUUUGCCUUUAUGGGUUAAACAGAAAUGUAUAAUAAAUGUUGAGCUUGUCUAGGCUUCCAUUGGCUGCCCCCGGGCCUAGCUGUCAUAAUGAUAGUGUUGUAUUUAAUAAAAACAGUCUGUUACAGAGUCAUGUGGCAGAACUGAAUGCAGCGGCUGGGCUCAUAUUGUGCAUAGGGAAUUAUUGGGAAUAUCAUUACACAUUAUUAUUCCCUGCAAUAAACCCCCCACAGGGCAGCCAUUUAAAGGGGGGGCACAAUCUAAUAUAUUCUGCCGGAGUAUCUCCUGGGAAGGGCUUUAGGCAUAUUUAUUCUUUAUAAAGUGUUUGUCCCUUUAAAGCUUUCUAUUCUGUGCCAUCAUUAGCAGUGGGGCAUUCGAUUUAGGGAUUCCUCCAUAAUUGUGUAAAAAUAACCCUAAAGCAGUUCCUAUAUAAAAGAGACUUGCAGAGCUCUGAUUCUCUCUACUUCCUGUUCCUGGGCUGCUCUCUUUCCUAUGAUCAUGCAGAACCCAUAAGUAAAUCCAAUGCCAAUAGCUCUGAUUCUCUGCACUUCCUGUUCCUGGGCUGCUCUCUUUCCCAUGAUCAUGCAGGAACCAUAAGUUAAAUCCAAUGCCAAUAGCUCUGAUUCUCUGUACUUCCUGCUCCUGGGCUGCUCUCUUUCCCAUGAUCAUGCAGGAACCAUAAGUAAAUCCAAUGCCAAUAGCUCUGACCCUCUGCACUUCCUGUUCCUGGGCUGCUCUCUUUCCCAUGGUCAUGCAGGAACCAUAAGUUAAUUCAAUGCCAAUAGCUCUGAUUCUCUGUACUUCCUUUUCCUGGGCUGCUCUCUUUACCAUGAUCAUGCAGGAACCAUAAGUAAAUCCAAUGCCAAUAGCUCUGAUUCUCUGUACUUCCUGUUCCUGGGCUGCUCUCUUUCCCAUGAUCAUGCAGAAACCAUAAGUAAACCAAUGCCAAUAGCUCUGGUUCUCUGUACUUCCUGCUCCUGGGCUGCUCUCUUUCCCAUGAUCAUGCAGGAACCAUAAGUAAAUCCAAUGCCAAUAGAUCUGAUUCUCUGUACUUCCUGCUCCUGGGCUGCUCUCUUUCCCACGAUCAUGCAGGAACCAUAAGUUAAUUCAAUGCCAAUAGAUCUGAUUCUCUGUACUUCCUGCUCCUGGGCUGCUCUCUUUCCCACGAUCAUGCAGGAACCAUAAGUAAAUCCAAUGCCAAUAGCUCUGAUUCUCUGCACUUCCUGUGGGCUGCUCUCUUUCCCAUGAUCAUGCAGGAACCAUAAGUAAAUCCAAUGCCAAUAGCUCUGAUUCUCUGUACUUCCUGUUCCUGGGCUGCUCUCUUUCCCAUGAUCAUGCAGGAACCAUAAGUAAAUCCAAUGCCAAUAGCUCUGAUUCUCUGUACUUCCUGCUCCUGGGCUGCUCUCUUUCCCAUGAUCAUGCAGGAACCAUAAGUUAAUUCAAUGCCAAUAGAUCUGAUUCUCUGUACUUCCUGCUCCUGGGCUGCUCUCUUUCCCAUGAUCAUGCAGGAACCAUAAGUAAAUCCAAUGCCAAUAGCUCUGAUUCUCUGCACUUCCUGUGGGCUGCUCUCUUUCCCAUGAUCAUGCAGGAACCAUAAGUAAAUCCAAUGCCAAUAGCUCUGACCCUCUGCACUUCCUGUUCCUGGGCUGCUCUCUUUCCCAUGAUCAUGCAGGAACCAUAAGUUAAAUCCAAUGCCAAUAGCUCUGAUUCUCUGUACUUCCUGCUCCUGGGCUGCUCUCUUUCCCAUGAUCAUGCAGGAACCAUAAGUAAAUCCAAUGCCAAUAGCUCUGACCCUCUGCACUUCCUGCUCCUGGGCUGCUCUCUUUCCCAUGAUCAUGCAGGAACCAUAAGUUAAAUCCAAUGCCAAUAGCUCUGACCCUCUGCACUUCCUGUUCCUGGGCUGCUCUCUUUCCCAUGGUCAUGCAGGAGCCUGCUUGAAUCCAGUCUCCUCAGUACUUAAUAUUCAGAGCUUUUAUUCUCUGUACUUGAGGGGCUGCUCUCAUGCCCAGGUUUCCAGGUUCUUACUGUAUUAUCAAGGUCCUGCUUUACAGACUGAAACGGAAAGCGUCCUGACCAAGUUGAGGAGAGCAGCCCAGCAGCAGGAACUACAGAGAAUCUACGCCAAAUGGACUUACCUCUCAGAACCUACCCUGCUUGUGCCUGUUCUUCGGGAAGCGUUUCCGACCCUAAGUCGUUUCUGUUGCACAUACGGGAAAUGGACUUUCUCCGCCUCUUGCGGAUGUUGAUCACAUGAUCUUGAUGGACUGUCCGGACAGCCCCUCCCCCCAAAUACUGUGUUAGAGAAUGUGUGUUAUUCCUGCUUAUAUGUUCCCCACAUUCCAAAAACCAGGAUAAGCUCAUGUUUGUCUCAAUCUUCAGACUGUGUUCAAUAUGAUUGGUUGCUAUGUGUCUCCUCAUUGGCUACUGUCCUUUGGGUAAUAGUGACAUGUGCAUUCAGUGCUCCCCUGGUUCUGACUACUGACACUCUGUAGCAGCCUCUUCCCUUUCGUUUACUGAAAAAGACCUUGCUUGGUGGCAAGAGAUUUGACUGGCUGUACAUAUAUAUAUAUAAAGGUCUGUGUGUCCUUUGCCUGAAAAGACUGUAACUCAGAAAUGCUGUAUUUUAUAUAGUGUACAACAGCCCUAUAAAUGAUAAAUAAUGAUCCCGGCCUUCCCAGUGGCUUUGUGAGUCAGUGACACUGCACAUGCUCAGUAGGCUGCUGCUCAGAAGCAACACUUAUGUUUGAUGAUUCUCUACGACCCCUAAGCUUAGCUCCCUGCUGGGGACAACUGGAAAGGCCUGGAUCAUUACUGUUCUAGGGCUCCAGUAUAUAAAAAAAACAGCAUUUUUAGCCUUUAGUUCCCCUUUAAACAGCAAUGAAUGAGAGGAUUGGCUGUAUUCAGCUUUAGAGAUAAUUGUGGGUAGCAGGUAAGUUGUGCCAUGUCACGUCUGUUAUUCUAUUAAAAGAACAUUUAUUUUA